ACAUUUUUUCACUUUGGAAGUGUCUCUCGCGAAAACUGUUCAGUUUAGAAAAAAAUGAUAUUGGGAACCUAAAUAUCAUUUUUGAAGACCUAUCCAUAGAUACCCCACACGUAUGGUUUGAUGAUUUUUUUUAAAUUUUUAUGACGUAUUAAAAAAAACGACUUACUAGAUCUCGUUCAAACCAAUUUUCGGUGGAAGUUUACAUGACAAUGUAUAUCAUAUAUUUUUUUUUUGUUUUUUCAUUCUGUUAUUUUAGAAGUUACGCGGGGGGGGGGACACAUUUUACCACUUUGGAAGUGUCUCUCGCGCAAAUUAUUCAUUUUAGAAAAAAAAGAUAUUAGAAACCUCAAUAUCAUUUUUGAAGACCUAUCCAUAGAUACCCCACACGUAUGGGUUUGAUGAAAAAAUAUUUUUUGAGUUUCAGUUCUAAGUAUGGAGAACCCCCAAAAUGUAUUGUUUUUUUUUUCUAUUUUUGUGUGAACAUCUUAAUGCGGUUCAUAGAAUACAUCCACUUACUAAGUUUGAACAGUAUAGCUCUUAUAGUUUCGGAAAAAAGUGGCUGUGACAUAAUCGGACAGACAGACGGACAUGACGAAUCUAUAAGGGUUCCGUUUUUUGCCAUUUGGCUACGGAACCCUAAAAAUGGUAUGGUGGUGGUGGGGUAUUUAUAGUACAAGGUUUAUAGUCGUAUAGCAACUGUUAUGUUACAACAAAUUUCUUAUUUGUAAAAAUGUUGUAAUUGCUUCAUUACUACAUCAAAAUCUAACUUUGGGAUUUGGCCUGAAUGAACGCGACAAGUGAUCGACAGCCAGCCUUUACAAUCUGUGCUCAAUGCCGGCUACCAUCAUCAUGUGGAUCAAAGAUACUAUAAUUGACUAUGUGAUUUCAUUAAGUUUUUCUGCGAAAUCUAAAGGAAAACCGAGUUAUUCGCGAUUUUCAGCUUAAUUGCGAAUAACUGACAGGGCGAUAUCUUCCGGCGAACUGGUAAUCUGUGGGCCCCUUUAGAAUGGGCCAAAAUAGUUGACGUAGCCUGUCGUACGAACGUAGUAAAGUUAUGUCAGUUAUGUGACAGUGAACGCAUGUCGCAUAGACUCAGCUGAUGGGGCCGACGACUUCUUGAGUUGCGUUCACGUUGUGUCGUAGACCUAGUUUCUUAGAUUAACCUUGAAAACAAAAUAUUCGACAGACUUAAAUCGAAACACGUCCAUUAUGUAACACAACUAUUACCUGAUACCAAUAUUACGUUACACGGACCAUGUAAAUUACUAGUGUGCCCUUAUUCAUUUCAAUUGCAGUUAAUUAUUUCACUGUAAAUUUUAUUUUUGAAUUAAUUACAAUAAUUCGGAGUAAUGUGUGAGUCAAAAUCUUUAAAUCACUGUCUUUAUCAUCAUUCAAUCGAAUUUAACGGCUUCCCUCCCACACACCAGGUGUAACCUGGCAUAUGCUGAUGAGAUAAUUACAUACAUUCAGAGCCGCUUACACUUAUAUUAUUAUUAUCCACUUAAGUAAAAUUUUCACACUUUACGAAAACUUUUGGUUGCUCGGUUCGGUAUGGCAUUUCGGUACUUAUCACCUUUGUUUUGUCUGCAGGCGUUUCAGAGGCAAAACUCUAACAAAUAAAAUGGGCAAUCUGCCCGCUGAGAGAGUUACUCCCGACUACCCAUUUUACACGACUGGAACUGACUUUGCUGGGCCAUUCUUAAUUACCGAUCGUAAAGGCCGAGGAUGCAGAAUAACGAAAGCAUAUCUUUGCAUUUUCAUUUGCUUCCGAUACAAAUGCAUUCAUCUUGAAGCAGUCAGUCAGCUGUCUAAAGACGCUUUUACCUUGUGCCUCCAAAGGUUUGUAUCCCGUCGCGGCAAACCUAAACAAAUCUUUUGCGACAAUGGUAGGAAUUUUGUUGCUACUGCAAGGGAAAUUAACGAUUUCUUAAAACUUAAUACGGAUGACAUAAUCGAUUUUGCAGCCAAUAAAGGCAUUGAAUUUCGCUUCUCUCCAGCAUACGCUCCUAACUUCGGUGGGCUGUGGGAAGCCGGUGUUAAAGCCGCCAAGUAUCAUUUGAAUAGGGUCCUAGGCAAUGCCCAUUUAACGUUCGAGGAACUAUCAUCCCUAUUCAGUCAGAUCGAGGCCAUCUUAAACAGCCGUCCCCUUUGUCCUUUGAGCUCAUCACCCCAAGAUUUCGCUCCUCUCACCCCGGGGCACUUUUUGAUAGGUAGGCCACUCACUACAUUACCGUCGCCGUGCUUACUAGACUCCAACACAAAUCGGCUCGACAGAUUCCAGCGACUUAAACAGAUUCGACAACAUUUUUGGAAGCGCUGGAGCUCAGAAUACGUCCCCGAAUUGCAGCAGCGUACAAAGUGGAAGCUCAGAUGCAAGGACCUUAAACCAAAUUACCUUGUUCUGCUGAAGGAGGAUCUCACACCGCCACUCAACUGGCGCCUCGGCAGGGUCGAACGAAUCUUCCCAGGCACUGAUGGCAUCCCUCGAGUCGCUGAUAUUUCCACAGUUCGAGGCACCGUUCGUCGGGCCAUCAACCGCAUCUGUCUACUCCCGUCCCCAGAUGACGCAGAGUCUUGAAAGCUUCAGGAGCUUUCAAGGGCGGGGAGAAUGUUCACGCGAAACGGAACGGUUAACAUGAUUACCGGACGAGUAGAGCUACGUCACGGACCAAGUGUCAAAAUAACUCCACAUCAUCGUAUAUCUGUCAAUACCUACUCAUAUCUCUACAACGGAACUUUGCGUGUCAUACACAUUUUGUAUUUUUUUAUAAUUUUAAUUAAAUAUCUACAAGUUUAAA